CUAUAUAAUCGCUUUCAUUUUUCAGGGCACUGUAUCAAUUCUCUUCACUUCUGCCUUCUUCACAAAGCGGCGCUUUUUGUAGCGCAGGGGUUUAAGCUCCGCCGCUGUUAGAAUUCUUCUCUCAAACUCCAAAUCAAUCCUCAAGAAUGGCUUUCUGGGGAGUUGAAAUCAAAGCAGGAAAACCAUUCGUUCAUACAUACGAUGAUGACCUAGGACGCCUUCAUAUUUCUCAGGCAACUUUGGGUAUUGGCGGCACAAAACAGAGGUCUGUAGUUGAAUGUACUGUGGGAGAUAAGGCUCCAAUUCUUUUAUGUGCUUUAUUGCCAGGGAAGAAUGAAACAUCUCCUUUGGAUCUUGAAUUUGAGGAAGAAGAUAAAGUAAUUUUAUCAGUUCAUGGUCCUCGGAGUGUGCAUCUAACUGGUUAUUAUCUGGGAAGUAAUGGACAUGAUGAUUAUAAUGAUGAUGAAUCUGACUCUGUGGAUGGUAUCUCUGGGGAGGAUACUGACUCUGAGGAAUUCAAUUAUGAUUCUGAUAAUGAUAAUGAUGAUGAGUACCUUGAGGAUGAUGGUGAGGAUCUUGAUAUGUUUCCAUCAGGCAAGAGUGCAGUUGUCAUUGAGGAGAUAGAGGAUGAUGAGAAACCUACUGAAAAUGGGAAUGCAAACAGCAAACAUCCUAAGAAGUCAGAUGGUGCUGAUAAUGAAAAACAAAUUGUUGUCAAGGAUAAUGCCUUGGGAAGCGAAGAUGAAGAUGAAGAUGGUUUUCCCAUCACCUCUACAAAUAAAAAUAAAGAAGUUAAAUCUGAGAAGAACUUAACCAAGGAUGGCAAGAAGGUAGAAGAUGGCAGUGUUCAAGGUGCAGGCGCAAAAAGGAAAAAUGAGAGCAUCAUUCAAGAUAGCAAUGCUGAGAAGUUAUCUGAAGAGGCUAAAGUUUCAUCUGUUAUUGGGCAAGAAUCUGACAAUAAGUCGAAAAAGAAGAGAAAGAAGGGUAAAAAAGGUGUAGCUGAGGAUGAGGAAAAGAGUGACAAAAUGGUAGAGGAUCGUGUAGAAGACAAACCUAAGGAAGAACAACCAAAUGAUAAGAGUGUUGAUAACGCUGAUCAAGAUGAUGGUCAGGUUAAGAAAAAGAAAAAUAAGAAAAAGAAUAAAGCCCAAGAGAGUGAUGCAAGUGCAAGUAAAGAGGUAGCAGAAAAGAAAGCACCUACUGUGGUAACUGAAGACAAGAAGGAGAAAAAGCGAUCUCAAGUCAGAACUUUUGAUAAUGGUAUGGUUAUUGAGGAGUUAGGAAUGGGCAAAGCCGAUGCAAAAAAAGCUGAUAAUGGAAGCAAGGUUUCAAUGCGCUACAUUGGUAAAUUAAAGAGCAAUGGGAAAAUAUUUGACUCAAAUAUCAGGGGACCACCUUUUCAGUUCCGAUUAGGUGUAGGGCAAGUUAUCAAGGGAUGGGAUGUCGGUGUCAAGGGGAUGCGUGUUGGUGAUAAAAGAAGACUCACUCUCCCACCAUCAAUGGGUUAUGGAGCUAAAGGAAUGCCUCCACAAAUUCCACAAAACGCAUGGCUGGUAUUUGAUGUCGAGUUGGUUGAUGUCCGCAAAUGAUCCUCUUCCUUUGCCUUUGUUUCUAUGAGUAUGUUUUGGGAACCAGUCUUUCAUAUAUCCUGAAGCACAAAAUUGCAGCCAGAUAUAGGAACCACCACCAAGUAGGUAGUUUGAUGAAAAAUCAAAUUCAAGUUUUUGAUACUAAACAUUUAUUUUGUUUGUUGGAGUUACCCUUAGCUUCAUUGACAUAUGUUCUAGCGCCAACACAACCUUUUAAGUCUCAAUUUUUAUUAUAAUGUCACUUAUGAUAUUAGAACA